UAAACUAGAAACCGCACAAAGUUGACAUUUAAGUUCUUGUCUGUUGAGUAAAAGAAGGGAAGCGUUCAUGCGACUCCAUCGAUUUUGAGCGACUAUGAAGCGGUAUGGAAUAAUAUAGUGAACAAUGUGCUUAUCGGUGACGAGUCUUAGAUCUGCUACGGCAUCAGCUGGACGUAAUAGUAUUGUGCGUUUCUCCAAGCAAAUCCCUAUGGUAAAAUCACCAUAUCGCGGUUUUGCGGCACGGUGAUGACGUUUGUCCAAAUAUUUGAAAACUUAACUAGAAAACAUUAACAAUACUGAAAUACAGUGCACUACUCACCACGCUGUGCUCAUCUGUUCCGUAAGGUUUCUAAUUUGUAAUUGUUCCACUUGAUAAUUUAUUGAUUGCUUCGAUUCUUAUGACGACGAUACCUAAAGAUAGGUGCUUAUGAAGGCAAACUGGACGUCCUUUUGCCACGAAAUUCAGAUGGUUUGAGAGAACGCCGAAAGUAAGGAAGACGUUCGCGCUUAGUCCAAACCUAGUGCAGUGGUUUGGCAGAACGGAUGUGGAGACGAAUUAUUACCUUUCUGACUGGCGACGGGUGCUUCCGGAAGUACUUGCACAGAUUUUCUGUUGUGUCCGAAUUGGAUCGAUAUGGAGGAAUUUGAUUAGCACGCCAUAUUUCGCCGCAGAAGGUUCGAGCAAGGAUGGCCCAAAGCGAGCCGGGAAAUAUCGUCAAUAAUAUGAUUGGCAGUACGAAAGUUGGGAGCGCUAGCAAAAAUGUUCCGUUAGCUGCGCCACUUAAUAAGAUAGCGGAGGAGAGGAGAGAGGGGGUAAUGGAAACUAGAAAGUAAAGCUACUAAUCACCCAGCAGAAAAGCGAAAUAUUAUCAAUCAGCCUCCAUGAGAUAAUGGAAGACAGCUGGAUGAUGAACGCGUAAAAGCACUAUAAACAAUAAUUAAGAAUAUGUAUAACAAAUGCAAUAAAAGUAAGCUUAUUAUGUGUGCAUCAAAAGUGCAAGACACUGGCUGUGUAAAUCACAAUAUUGUAAAUGAAAGGCCGUCAACUGCGAUAUUUAUUUUAAUGAAACAAAUUUUUAACAAAUGAACAAGGCAACAUCAUCAACAACAACAACAAUAAUAAUAAUAAUAAUUUAAACAUCACAACAUAUUACCUAUUACGUAGAUGAAACAAACAUCUGUGCCAUAAUGCUGGUCAUUAAAGCUCAAGUCAAAGAUUAAGUUUCAUUUGAUAAGCUUACUAAAUAAAAAUACACUUAGCGAAGAAGACAAGUCGAAAAUCAUUUCACAAUAUGGGAUGUUCUCCAAGUGCCGUGGCAAGGCCUAAUGACGCUAACACUACGGCUAUAACUGCCGAUGAAACUAUUGGGACUGGUCAUGAAAAAAAUGGCAAUUUAUUUUAUUGCAUCAAAAUACGGAGAUCACGUUUACGUCGAUGUAGUUUGCAAAAUGGUUGUGACACCAGCAUACAAGUCGGUGGAUUAGGAAGUGACAGAGCAGCUGCAAAUGGAGAGGACUUGUGCAAUCAAGCAUUACUGAAUCCAAUGCAAACGAAAAAUGAAGCCAACUAUGAAAAGAUAAGCAGUAGAAAGAAAGAUUCGAUCGUCACUGUAGCGGCUUUCGGAAAUUUUACUCAUCGUGUUGUAAAGCGAGCAACAGGGGGCAUAAGAAUCUCAUUACCAUACGAAGAGGAAGAGGUGCCAGAGGAGCUACCGGAAGCAGUGUAUCUUUUACCAACUGUUGUGGCACCAAAGCUAGCACUUAAGGGUUUGCUAGUCUUCUCUAAGGAAGAUAAAAUUUUUCAUUUGGUGCAACAAGCUUGCAAUAGACGAGAAGUUGACAUUUCAAUUGCUCGAACACUGGAGGCCACCACAGAAAAGUUAACUACUGGACCGGAUAUAUACCACUUAAUAGUGAUUGAUGGACGUUAUCCGAAUUUUUUAGACGCUGCAGAAAUUGCAAAAGCUAUACGUUUAACGGAAGGUUACAAUUGCGCAACAAUAGUGGCUUUAGUCAAAAGAAGUUUCUUUGAGAGUGACGCUACGAUGACUGCAUUUUUAGAUGCUGGCGUUAAUACAUGUAUUGUUGAAUGUUAUCAUUUGCCGUACUUAAAUAUGGAACUGAAGCAAAUCAUUAGCACUACAGUUAAACAUUACAGUAUCAUAUCGACUCAGGAGGUCCUCUAUACGGCAUUAAACCGCAUUAAAGACGUGUUGAUUAUAACAGACAAUAAAUUUGUCAUUCAAUAUGUCAAUCAAGCAGCUGCACAUUUACUUGGUGUGCUUCAGAAAGAACCAACAAAGAAACAUUUAUCCGAAUAUUUUGUUUCGGACCUCACACAGUGGAUCAAUGCACUAAAACCCAAAGAUUUGACGGGCGACAAGCCUUUAGAUUUCGCAGGCACUGUUUUAAUAAAAGGAAAAACUUUAGAGAGCACAUCAUUUCCGGUACGUGCUAGACAGCUCGCUUGCUAUGGAAGAAUCACAACACACCUUAUAUUUAAUGUUGACGUGCCCGUUAUAAGUCAAGGGGACUCGUCAAUUGCUUCAUCACAUACGAGAGAUUUUAGAGGUUCUUUUGCCGCUGCGCGACGUUCCAGUGACUUAAAAGGUAUACCAACAGAAAGCCGCCGUGCCAGUGCGGCGAAAUUGGCAGCAAUGCCUCUGGAAGCUCCUAUUACAAAAAUAAUAAAUUUGCUCUCGCAACUGCAUGAGAACUGUUCAACGGAUGAGGCUCAUUUAAUUGAUAGAGUUCUUGACUUUUUGAAAUACGAAUCAUUGUAUAGUCCUCAGAUGAAAGAUAUUCAAAUGGAGGAUCCAAUUGCCACCGAACUCAUUGGGGCUCUGAUCACGGGUUCUAACGUCCAUUCAUCACGUCGCAGCUCAAAUGAUUCUACCAUACGAACAGCAGUAACCCGCCCCACAGCUUCCCUGAUAUCCACAAUGAAGGCAGCACCCCUUAUAAUGGAUUCACUAAAGGAGUCGCUAUCUUGGGAGUUUGACAUUUUUCGCUUUGAAAAGAUCACUGAGAAACGACCCCUGCUGUACCUAGGGAUGGAAAUCUUCGAUAAAUUCAAAGUUUUCACCUCAAUGCGUAUGGAUCAGACAGUUUUCAAAAAUUGGUUUCUCGCUGUGGAAAGCAGAUAUCAUGCUCAAAAUGCUUAUCACAAUAGUACACAUGCGGCCGAUGUCUUACAGGCGAUCGGGGUCUUUCUAUCUCAUUUCUCUAAAAAAGAAAUGAGCAUGGAUUGCUUGGAGGAAUCUUCAGCCCUAAUUGCCGCCGUUGUCCAUGAUAUUGAUCAUCCGGGACGAUCUUCCGCUUAUCUAUGCAAUUCAAACAAUCCUUUGGCUAUAUUAUAUAAUGACGUUACUGUAUUAGAAAACCAUCAUGCGGCGUACUUUUUCAAAUUAACUUUAUGUGACGACAGUGUGAAUAUUUUUAAAAAUCUAGAGCCGGACAUAUAUAAAUCAAUGCGCAACAUAAUCAUUGAUAUGAUACUAGCAACAGAAAUGACCCGGCACUUUGAGCAUUUGGCAAAGUUUGUAAGCGUUUUUGGAGGAGAAAUGAACUGUAAUAAAGAAAUAGCAGCGAUAGAGGAAGACAGCGCUCUGCUUAUGCGUCGCAUGCUUAUCAAAGUGGCGGAUGUAAGUAAUCCGUCGAGACCUUAUCUAUUCUGCGUGGAAUGGGCGCAGCGUAUCGCCGAAGAGUAUUUUCAGCAAACCGAAGAAGAGAAAACUCAAAACAUGCCAAUUGUAAUGCCAAUGUUCGACCGCUGCACAUGCAGUAUACCGAAAAGUCAAAUUGGCUUUAUUGAAUAUAUCGUCAUGGACAUGUUGCUCGCUUGGGAUAACUUCAUCGAUAUGCCUGAACUGAUUACGUAUACGCGGAACAAUCUUGAAAUGUGGAAACAUUUGGAGGAGGAAGGAGUGCGAACUAUUGCGGAUGUUAAGCGCAGUUGUUGUUAUGGCUUGCCCACGUAUUCAAACGGCAAAUCAAAUUCGAAUGCAAUUUAGAUAUUGGUGAAAAUUGACUGAAAACGAUAGAAUAGCAAUAACGGUUCAAAUGUGUGCAUGGAACAAUCUGUGAACUAGUCUUUAUUACAAAUUCAUUUAUUUUAUAACGUUAGGUAUGUUUUUUUUAUGUCUCCCCAAUUAUUAUAUUAAAUCACCUUAGCGCGAGCCAUUCGAUUUUAACAACCAUAGAGAAAGAGUAAAAGAGGUUUAUACCUGUUGCAAAUUUAAUCACUCGUUGUGCACUUGUCAGUCAAUUUGCUUAAUAUACGAAACAACUGGGAGUACAAAUUUUGAUAAUGCACAAAACUCACAAUCAAAGACAGUUUUUUUUAGCACAAAGCGCGACAUUAAGGAAAACAAAAGAAGACGAGAAAAAGGAAAACUUUGAAAACCAAAUGAAAGUUAAUUAGAAGAAUACUAAGGUAGAAGACAUUUUUAAGAUAGAAAAUAUGAAAACGACAUCUUACAAACAUAAUUGGGCUGGACUCAACACUUGACUUUUGCAGCGUCUUCUGCAAUAGAAUAAAGUAAAAAAAAAAAAAAAAA